UCAAAAGUCAACUAGUUUCAGACAUAGAUGGCAGCAGCACAUUCACUGGUGGUAAAUUUUACAAGAGUAAACAUUGCUAUUUUCGAUGAAUUGACAAAAAUCUACAGAGAUGUCUUGUCUAAAGAAAUAUCCCCAUUUCAACUUCAAAAGUUAAUUAAAACGCAUCAAGUUAUAAGAAUUCUUCGUCCAGGACAGAUCAACAUUAUCAAUAGAGCAGUUAUAUCAGAUUAUAAAGAAUUCGACAUCACCUUGAUAUAUACUUUACUGAGAAAUGUAUGCCCAAACAUCACACCACCUACAAAUGGUUGGAACAAAAAUCCAGGACCUUCUGAUUUGACAGUUGGGGACGAUAUCGAACGCAUUAGACAAAUAAGAAAUGAGGUCUCUGGUCACUCUCCAUCAGCUAGUAUGUCAGACCAUGAAUACCAGAAAAUCUGGACCAACAUCGAAGAUAUUUGUCGAAGAAUGGAAACAUAUACCGGAUGUUCGUAUCUGCACGAGCUGGCUUCGAUUGAAACCCAAACUAUCGAUAAAGAGACAGAAGAGAUAUAUCUAGAGAAAAUGAGGAAAAUGGACGAAGACCAACGAAAUCUUGGCAACGAGCUCAAAGUAAAGAUGGAUGCAAUAGAUGACCAGAUCAAAAAUGUGACCUCCAUUAUAAAAAGGGGCAAGAAGAAAGGAAUGGUAAGAAAGGUUUUCACCAAACUCUCCCUGAGAAAAAAGCAUGACAGACAUGUUGACAUAGAGGGCAUUCUAGAAUUCACGUACAAAGCAUUCAAGGCAAUAAUUGAAGGCAUGAAUGACAACUGGACUAUAGAGGAAGUAUCAGAAAUAUUGGAUGAAACACAUGAUUACUGCAUAUCUAUCGAAAAUUCUGAUUUAAUUUGCGAACUGCUGGAAAAUAUCAAAUGUAAAGUAUUUGAAUUUACAACCGACGAAGUUAAAUUUCGUAAAAUUGCACUGAAAUUCUUGAAAUGCUUAACAAAGCUUUUUAAGACUUAUAAGGCUAAUUGCACUGGAAUUCAUCUUGGAAGUGUCGUAUGUGAGUUCGACUUCCAAAGUGACGAGGAUUGCAAAACAUUUAAGGAAAGUGUUAAAACAGAUGAAUUCAAAUCAAUAUUUUCUGAAACAAUCCUUUGUCCUAUCCUCCUCGGCAUCUUUAGCGUGAAAGAAACAGACAUAGAUUUGUAUAUGGAAGAUAUUUCUGAAACAUAUGCAUUUGAAAGAGUGGCUCGUCAAGAAAUACGUCAAAUUAACAGAAAACAAGGUAACAUUGCUGCAAUGGAACGACUUCUCAUUCACUUGGAACUGAGUGAUCAUCCCAAAAAAUGGAAAAAGUUUGUAGAUGCCUUGGAAAUGAAUGAAUAUCAUUAUGUGGCAAGAACACUUAAAGGCAAGGAAUUGUUGAAGGUCGCAUUUGAAAGAUAUAGAAAAAUUCUAACGGAACCCACUGUCGGAUUCAUUGAAGAACUCGAUCCUUCUGAUAUCCUCUCAGAACUUCACAACAGACAAGUCAUAAACGAAAUGGAUAAAGAGAAUAUUGAGGCAGAGAAAAAAACUCAGUGUAGAAUAUGUGCCAUAAUGGUCCUAUUAGAUCGAGUGUGGCGCCAUCAUCAACAGUGGUACGAAGAAUUCCAGGAUGUACUCUGCAAGUACUCAUAUCUAGAUACUGAAGCAAUGGAUACUAAGUUUUAUGAGAAAAUGAAACUGAGGAAAACCAAGCCACUAGAGAGACAAGUCAUUUCAAAUGAAUUAUCCUUCUCCCCUCAGGAAAAUUUAACCCCAGGGCAACCUUAUUUACCAAGAAAACUUAAAGAUGUACCGACUGAUGUAUUUGUAAAGUACAGAAAACAUUUGAUUGAAUGUUUGAACCCUAUUGAUAUCCUUCCGCAACUUUGUAUGCGAAAUGUGAUCAACCCUGUCGAUGCAGAAAACAUAAAGGCAAAAAAGGAAUCACAGGGUAAUUCAUGUGCCACAGUUCUUCUACUGGAUCGCGUCCGAUACCACAAUCGGAAUUGGUACGAAGAAUUCCUAGAUGUUAUUUGUACGGAUGGCUAUUCAUAUAUUGUCGAAAAAAUGGAUAAAGAGUUUUAUGAGGAAUGGAAAUUGAGAGCCGAACGAUCGCGACCUCUAGAAGAACCAUUGAACAGUCCAUAUAUUUCGAGUGAAUCUACAACGGAUUAUGUUUCCGGUGUUACAACUCACAGUUCCAAAAUUGAAACCAGCCAGGAAAGAUCGUUUUCUGACAAAAUACUUCCAAGUUCGUUCUAUACUGUUCCUGGCAUGACAUCAGAGCGUCAGUAUUUAGUAAAAACGCAGAAAGGCCAGGAAAUACCGAGGGACAUAUUCGUCAAAUACACAAAACUUUUAAUUGAAAGACUGGAUCCAUCUGAAAUCAUCAUAGAUCUAUUUCAUAGAUACGUGAUAAACCAAAUGGAUAAAGAAAACAUUGAGUCAGCAGAAUUAUUAAAGGGUAAAAUGUGUGCCACAGCUGUUCUGUUGAAUAGAGUUUGUCGCCACCAUCCAAACUGGUACACAGAAUUCCUGGACGUUCUUUGCAAGCACUCUUAUUUGUUUAUUGUAGAAACAAUAGAUACGGAUUUUUAUGAGAAAUGGAAUUUGGGAAAUAAGGAAGAUACCGAAAAUCAGAAUGUUUUAAACUUAAGUUUUGAGGAAAGUGAACUUCUCAACCAAGAGUAAAAAUGUGUUACUUAAUAAUUAUCGACACCGAUUGUAUUUUUGAAAUGUUUUUCAUUUUUGUGUGUGUGAUACCUGGUACAGCUUCUGGACAAAGAUUUGAAAUGCGUAUUGUGCAGUUUUUUUCAUGUGGAUUUUUUUGGGUAAAAAAAAAUAAUAAAUGAAUGAAUGAAUGCAUUAAGGAUGACAUUCACUUAGACUGCAAAAGAAUUCCACGAAUGGCAAUGGAAAACAACCUUUGUACUUUGUGAACCUAUGAUUAUGGUGUUAUUUUCCACUUUCAAAUAAGUAGGUCUAUGAC